AUGCUUUCUUGUCAGCAGACCCUCUUAGCACUGCUGAUUUCGAUUUCUAAUGCGUUUGCACAAUCCUCAACAAGUGUGUAUAGCGAAAGUGGUGUGCCAACAGGCACACCCAUCACAGGUGAUUAUACUGGGGCGCUCAGACCGCAAAUACAUUACAGCCCCCCGAAAGAGUUCAUGAAUGACCCAAACGGCAUGUUUGUCGAUGCUGACGACAACCCCACGGAUACGAUAGCCGGUAAUCAGCAUUGGGGCCAUACAACAUCAAAAGAUCUCUACAGUUGGGACAACCAGCCGAUUGCCAUCUUCCCUGACACGCCUGGUGAUGGCAUCUUCUCCGGCUCUGCUGUCAUCGAUGUGAAUAAUACAAGUGGGUUCUUCCCCAAUCAGAGUAAUGGAGUAGUUGCUAUGUACACGUACUAUACAACGGAGGAGCAGACGCAGCAGAUUGCCUAUUCCAAGGACGGGGGAUACACAUUUACAAAAUACUCUGGAAAUCCUGUUAUUUCGAUCGGUAGCAAACAGUUCCGAGAUCCAAAAGUUUUGUGGCAUGCACCAUCCAAUAAGUGGAUUGCGGUCAUAGCCUAUUCCCAAGAAUUUGUGGUCGGCAUAUAUUCUUCGCCAAAUCUUCUAAAUUGGACUCAUGCUUCUAAUUUCUCCCAAGCUGGCCUCGAAGGUUUGCAAUAUGAGUGCCCAAACCUCAUAGCUGUUCCAAUGCUCAAGAAUGCUUCUAUUCCUGAGCCUUUCGAGAGUUCAAACAUUGCUAGAGACUUGCAGAUGUAUGUUCUUGCAAUCAGCAUAAAUCCAGGCGCGCCACUGGGUGGCAGUAUAACCGAAUACUUCCCUGGCACAUUCAAUGGCACCCAUUUCACAGCAGUAGACGGUGCGACUCGACUCACAGAUUUCGCUAAAGAUAAUUAUGCUGGCCAGUUCUUCUAUAAUAUUCCCGAGACAUCCCCACAAAUCAGCAUAGCUUGGGCGAGCAACUGGCAAUACGCUCAGCAAGUUCCUACAGGAGACCUCGAGAACUUCCGCUCAAUCAUGAGUCUCCCACGCCGACAAGUCCUUGCCAACACCACACGUGAAAGUUUCACCCUUCUCUCGUACCCCUACGACCUCAGCUCUCUCCACACCACACCUGGUCCCCUCACAGACUCCGAUAAGCUCAUCAACACCUCAAUCCUCUACGACUACAGCUCUAACGUCCCCUCCGGCGCCCUGGCCUUCUCCGUUAACAUAACCAACAUCCCCAACGUAAAUGCGACAGGCACCGCAAAUUUCACCUUUCUCUCCUCCGUGACUGGCGAAUCCAUCCGCGGCGGCUUUUUCCUAGGCGGCGAUACGCCCUUCUGGCUUAACCGUGGUUACAUCCACGGCUACGAUAAUCCUUUCCUCACAGACAAAUUCUCCACCAACAGCCUCAUUGAUCCUGAUACGCAGACGUUUAGACUUUUUGGCGUUAUCGACAGAUCGAUACUGGAAGUGUUUUUGAAUAAUGGCGCAGAUACAGCCACAGUAACUUUCUUUCCAGAGAGAGAGCUGGAUACCGUCGUUCUGGGGACGAAUGAUUUGAGCGAGGGUGUUGGGGUCAGUGCAGAGGUCUGGGGACUGAAGAGCACGUGGGAAAAGAAUGGAACAGCAGUUGAGACAGCGGGGCAGAGGGUCAGGAGAGAUAAUUUGGGGCACUUAAGGGGAGGUAUUUCUGGUGGGAUCGGUGGUUCUACGAUCAAGCAUGUCAAGUCGACUCGCCUGGCUGUUGAAUUUGACAUCAAUCUAUAUUUGCGUGCUAGCCUUCUUCAUGCAGAUAAAACAAGCCCUUUUGUAGGGACCAAAUUCCUCGGGAUAGCGUCGGUAUGA